AUAACUGGGAGGCGCCUGCCCUUUCAUUAACCCCCCGUUUCCUCCACACCUCAUUGUUUACACCUUCAAAUCCAGACAAAAGAGCAGCAGCUCUGCAGACUUCACUCUAUUCUCCGGUGGAACAAAAAACGACAAUGUUAGUUUCUGUGCUCUGCUUUAUUCUGUUUGGAGGAGUCACCCAUGCCUCUGACACCGCGGCUCCCCAGCUCGGGCCGUCGUCGCUGGGGCUCAGUUCCUCGGUCCGCUCGGUGUGUAAACCCAUCCCGAGCACCCUGUCUCUGUGCCACGGGAUCGGCUACAGGCAAAUGCGGAUCCCCAACUUGCUCGGCCAUGACACCCUGAGAGAGGCCCAGCAGCAGUCGGCGGCCUGGCUGCCCCUCAUCUCCAAGCUGUGCCACCGGGACACCAAGAAGUUCCUGUGCUCGCUGUUCGCUCCGGUGUGCCUGCCGGAGCUCGGAGGGCCGGUCAGCCCGUGCCGGGGCCUGUGCGAGGCCGUACGGGACGGCUGCGUGCCUGUUAUGAGCGCGUUCGGAUUCCCGUGGCCGCAGAUGUUUAACUGCACCCGGUUUCCGCGCGGGACCGAGUUGUGUAUACCGGCAACCGGAGAGCACGAAGGGCGGACAGCGGAUGAGGUCAGGCACGAGGAGGCGCUUAAAGGGAGUGUUAUUUGUGAUGCCUGCAGUCUGGCUGCUGAAGGAGAAUCUGACAUCCAGGAAAACUUCUGCCAAAGUCCAUAUGCUUUUAAGAUGCGUCUGGGCAGUGUGACGAUGGUGGGAGGAGACCGUCAGCUGGUGCCUACGGCCCGCAGCCGCAUCCUGAGAUGGGCAGGGGGAGGUGCAGAGAGGGCAGAAGGGAUUGGAGGCGCAAUGGCCCACAGCGCUUUGUGGCUGCAAGAAGGAGGCACCUGUACUUGUCCUGGUUUAGACUCUGCAGUGACAAAUGAAGACGGAGGGUUAGAGGAGGGACAGAUGGAUAAGACAAAAGCAAAAGAAGGAGAAAAGGAGAUGAAAGGGGUCCAGAGUGGAUGGUACCUGGCCCUGGCUCAGGCUGAGGAGGGAAGACUAGUGCUGACUCGACUGGUGAGGUGGACCAGAGGGGACAAAGAUCUGAAGAAGUUCAUCAGAUCAAUGCUCAAACAGUCCUGUUCGGAGAUGUAGACAGCGUGUUUUCAACCAUUGCAGUCCUUCCUAUGAACAUAGCUUUGUGGUGCAGUGUGUUACUGUGUGCUGUUCACUGCAACACUUUUAUAUAAUGAACAGCUGACAAAUAGUUAACGCAUAACACUGACUAAAUCCCUUGUUUGCAGAUCGUUAAUGUAAAUUAACCAAUUAUUCAGUAGUUAUCUUAAUCUGUUUGCUAGUGGCUUUGUUGAUGAAUUGUUCCUGAUUAAGGGAUUAAGGUGCUAAAUGCCACACACUCGAUAACAAUUGAGUCUUCAUUCAUUAGUACAUAUAUUUUGUAUUACUUUACUCCACAAGUGAAAUACAGUAUAGUUUUAACAAACUGACAAGCAAGAGUUUUACAGUGAACAAUUAUUAGACAUAUAGCUAGUUUUUAUACUUUUUGUAGUGACCCCAUUAUUGUGGAAAUAUUAAGCACAUAGCGAUAGUUAGGCAAUGUUGCAAACGUUACUACUGCCAAAAAGUGUAAAGGUUGAUUUAAUUCCAAAUUGGGCAAUAUUGGUGUAUUUUCUUUUGUAUUUUGUGUAUAUUUGUAUAUAUAAGAGAUCACGAAGGGUUACCUUUUAAUCAAGGUCAAAGGGUUUGGUAAUGAUUGCAGGGGUUUAGGCUGAUCUCAUCGCAUAUUUCCUUUUGAUACUUAUGAAAGGUGGGGUAGGUAAUUCACUUCAGAAACACUUUUUGUUAUAUUCGAUGGAAUGCUCUUAACAUUCCCCAAAAGCAAUGAAUAUAUUAAAUGCUUGGACAAUAAAUACAUUAAAAAAAUUCACCUAUGGAAGCCGUGGCGCUGUAAAAAGCACGACCAAUUAUAUUAGCCGGCCCGGCUAAAAUAACUGGAUGGCCUACCUGCCUGUCAGCCUUCCAUCUCGUGCACAAACUUAUCUCGUGCCCUCAUUGGUCAUCAUGUGCACGUCAUGUGUGUUGGAGGAGGGGCCCUGUAAGGAAGUCUGAAGGAAGGGGCAGAUUUUUUUCAGCUGCGUAGUUUCAAAUUCUAGCGCACUCGAGCUGGUUUCUCCUUUCUUACCUACCCUACCUUUAAGGGUGGAGCAGUCAGUGUAAUUGUUGUAAUUCCUGUAAUGAUAACUUUGUUUUCUUGUACUACCUAUAACAACGUUGUUACUAUCCACGUUAAUUAUACACCACACAAAUAAUAGACAUGCAAGUUUUUGUUGGUAUUUUAUCUUUUUUUUCACAGUAGCCAGGUCUCAGUAUUUAAUUGAGUUAAAUCACAUGUUAGGAAGGUUUAAUCUCAAGGGACAUCAAAAAAGAAGCACUGAACAAAAAAAGCAAGUUGGUUGUGAACAAUAAAUCAUGUAGAUCUUUUCCUGUCUCUAUUUUUGCAUUCAUUUUUUCCUGAUCUCUGUCAGCUCUGUCAACACAUGUUUUUUUGUAUAAAAACUUUCAUUCAGAAAAUG